ACAAAACAGAAUUAACUACCAAAUUCUUCUUCGCCUUCUGUCUUUCUCAAUAUAUUCCUUUUUUUUUCUCUUAGGUUCGCUGCAAAGAUGUUGGACAUAGCGUUUGAAUUGAUUGGAGAAGCCACGUCGAAUUCGCUUCUCAUGUUCUGUUUCUGCAACCUCAUUAUAGUCAUGAUCUUCACUGGAUCUUCCAAACCGGGUUUGAAGGAUUCACAUGAUUCCACAUUUGUUAUCUCAGCGAGCUAUGAUAUGGGCAACAUUGCUUCUGAUCAUCAUGAUUUUGGUGCUGAUGAUGAUGAAGAGAUGACAAACACUGCUGCUAUUACAUCUGUACAAGAUGAGCCUUUGAUCGAUGAUGACUCGAGUUCUGACGAAGAAGAGGACAGUGAAAGCAGCCAUUGCUAUGCUGAUGAUGAUGACGAUACUGAUGAUGAUGACGAUAUUGAUGAAGAUGAUGAUGUUGAUGAUGAGGAGGAGGAGGAUGAUGAUGAGAGCAAAGAGUCCGAGGUUGAAGAGGAGGAGGAAGGAGACGAUGAUUUGAGAAUGAGGAUGUUCUUCCCCGAGGCAAUGGAUCCGGAAACAACGAAUAUAUUUGCAAAAGAUUUCUCUGUUGAGGAAUUCGACAUCGAUUUCGAAUUCGACGCUCCUCGAUUCUACGAUUUCUCCAAACCUGAACUUGAUUCAGAAACAGAGGAAACAGAGCUUUGGUUUGAAUCAGCUGGAAACUAUCCUCCUUCACCAUUUAGCCUACAUUUGAGAUAUGACGACAAACAUCUCGAGAUCCCUAAACCCAUCUCAGAUCAAUACAAUGGGUUUAUAUAUCAUAACCAAGCUCCUAAAGAUGUUCCCAAGGCGACGCACAAGUCUAAAGCAAAACCUUUUUUACGAAAGAACUCAACUUUAACGAGACCCACUGCUUCUUUGUUGGCAAGACAGAAUAAACCUCUCGAUAUUUACUCUGUUCGGCUUCUCACAAGAUGUCAGAGAUCAUUAGGAAAGUGUGAUGACAAGUUCUCCUCUCUCUUAUACUCUAUGCCUCAAACACAAGAUAACAAAAGGCAAAAACUCGAAACCGGCUUCUUGCGCAAGGUAUCACGGCUGGACCAAACUCCUUUUGUACAUAAGGUUCCAAUGAAGGGAUCCAAAGUCACUGUUCCAAAGGAACCUAACCUCAAGACUGCCCAAAGGGCUGCAAGAAACCGGUUUAAGACUCAGUCAGCACCCGAGCAGAUCGCGAAAUUCAUCUCUACUAUGAAUAAACAGUUCCAGAAACUUCUUCACCAUCUUUGCCUAAAAGAAUACGAAUACGCCUCGCCACCAAGAUUUACAGCUACAGUGAUGCAAUUCUCAUUGCAGGCUAAAAUUGCACCCACCAAUGAUCCUAUAAACUCCUUAACGUCAAUGUCCGUUGGUACCAGAAAGGGUAGGAAAGUGAAGGCGUCUCGCAGCUCAAAGUCCAAUUGUCAAGUUUAUGAAUCUAAGAUUUGCCCUCUAGACUCAAAGGUGAUGCAGGUUAACUCCUACAAGAACUAGAAUCCAUGAAAGCUAUGUCUCACUUCAGAUACUGAUUCAGUCGGGGUACUUAUAGAUUAGUUGCUUCUCUUACUCUCUUGUAUCUCAUCUACAUAGAGAUUUUUCAAGAUUAUAUCGUGCUUGUACAAAUUAGAUGUGCUAAAGCUUAUAUUAACAGGAAGUCCAAGAUUCAUCAAUAGUAACUGUUAAGUCAAUGAAUGCUUUCAGUCAUG